AGGUUGUAAAAAGCUCCAUUACCUCCACACAUUCCUAGAGCUGCUACAGCAUUUUGUUACAGUUGAAACAAAGCCAUGGACCCCGAGUACUUCAAAUCUCAUGCAUGCUGGAAUGCUGCAAUGUGAACUCAUGUUUCCAGUUCAAUUUUAAUGAGAUGUGUUGGGGUACCCUUGGAACGGUGCGACCCUUCUCCAAUUUUCACCCUGACAGGGAUGUCAUGGAGAUCCAGACAGCGCUGGAGAAGAAAGAUGCAGUGACUCUGGUGAGAAUCCUAACCAACCGGACCAAUGCUCAGAGACAAGUGAUCGCCAAGACCUUUCAAGAAAUAACACAAAAGGACCUGUCAGCUAGUGUGAAAAAAGCUCUGGCUGGAGAUCUGGAGAUUCUACUGCUGGAGCUGCUGAUGCCUCCUCUGGAGUAUGAGGCUUAUCGCCUGCAACAGGCCAUGGUGGGUAUAGGCACAGAUGAAGAAACACUACUGGAGAUCCUGUGUACGCGAUCCGGACAGCAGCUUCAAGAAAUCAGUGCUGCAUACAAACAAUUGUAUAAGACGGACCUGGAGAAGGAACUGAAAGGAGAAACCAGUGGAGACUUUACUAAGCUUGUUUUGGCUUUGUUGAAUAAACAAGAUGUUGCUGCUGGGGUCCAAAGAGAUAUUGAGUCUCUCUCCACGUCACUGAGUGGGAAAAAAGCUGAUCCAGGACCGUGGAUUGACAUACUGACCUCUAGAGACUCAGACCAUCUUAACAAAGUGCUGAUGGGACUGGAGCUUGAGAAAGGACAGAUGGUGGAUCAGGCUCUGGAGAAAAAAUUUACAGGAGACUUUCGACUGGGUUUGCAGGUUUUAGUACAGUGCAUUCAGAGCCCUGACGUCUACCUCGCUAAGAGACUAACUACCACAAAAACACAGAUAAUGCAGAGGAUUAUGGUGUCUCACUCUGAAGAAGAUCUGCUGUGUAUCCGAGCUGCCUACCUCAAACUAACAGGCACUUCUCUCUACACUGCUCUACAGAAACAGUUCAAAGGAGAUCAUCUACAGGCUCUGCUGGCUAUCUGUCGGUCUGAAGAUUAAACAAAAGCUACAAAUUUUGAGAAGCUGCAUUUUUUAUUCAUUUAGUUGUUAUUCUUUCCCCUGAAUCAGUCUAUGAUAAUGCUAAAAUAAACUUUAUGUUUAUUGCUACUUUUCAUGUUUUAUGAAAUCUCAUUUAAGUGUGCCUAUACUUACUUUAAUGACAUGCAAAUACAUGAAAUGGAACAGACAUUUUAUAUUGGAUAUUUUUUUAGUGCAGUUUGGUUAUUUGUUUUUAUUACUUUAUGUAUCUGCCAAAAUACUUCCUAUUCAUCCUGAUGUUCUAUCUACAUACAUAUACAUGUAUGUAUACAGACAGGAUAACUAUCACAGUUUAGUCUUAACUAACUGUCUAACAUAAAGCGCACACAGCCUCAGUCCUCACAUUACUUUCUUAAUAAAAAGUUAUUCCUGAUGCCA